AUGUUGCGUGCAGGCGUGGGAGCAGGCGCAGGACUGGCGGUGGCCUGGGCAGUGUCGGGCACAGCGAUGUGCGGAGAGGAGGCGACGACGACGAGCGAGGGUGUCGUCAAGGGAGAGCGGAUUGUGGACUCCAAGCUGGCGGCCGAGUACGAAGUGGUGCCGGAGACACCCGGUCCGCUGCGGCCUGCACUUCGCGUCCUCCGCGAGCGAGUGCUGUCUAAGAUCUGGCUUGUCCGCAACCACAUCGAGGCCCUUCAGCAGCGGUAUCACGAGCUCGACGCCGAGGCUGCCGACCGCAUGGCCGCGGCCGAGGACUCGCUACCGGUCUGGUCGCUGCCGGCGCCGUCGGUGUCUACCACUACCCGGACACCAUUGACGCCCACGUGGUGA